AUGCCACGUGGAAGAGAUGUCAGCAGAAGGUGUUGCCUCCCACUGCCCCUGAAUGAGGACAAUGCCCGUUUUGGCUUGUUGGCAGCCCUUAUACUCCUCUACCUGCUGUGUGGGGCGGUAGUGUUCUCUGCUCUGGAGCAACCCUCUGAGCUUCUGGCCCACAAACACUGGGAGGAACAGCUGGCCAACUUCACCCAGCAAAACAGUAUAAACCUGAACUCACUACAGGUCUUGCUAAGGCAGUAUGAGGAGGCUUUUGUGGCUGGGAUACGUGUAGACAAACUUCGGCCCCGCUGGGAUUUCUCAGGGGCAUUUUACUUUGUUGGUACAGUGGUCUCCACUAUUGGCUUUGGCAUGACCACUCCAGUCACCAUUGCAGGUAAGAUCUUUUUGAUAUUCUAUGGACUUCUUGGUUGUGCAGCAACAAUCCUCUUCUUCAACUUGUUCCUGGAGCGCAUCAUCACAAUGUUGGCCUACAUCAUGCGCUGGUGUCACGAGCUCCAACUGCGUCGAUCGGGCGUGGGAGGAGUGGAGUCCAGGAGUGAGGAUGACAGCUUGGAGGGUUGGAAGCCAUCGGUUUACUACGUUAUGCUCAUUCUGGGCAUAGCCGCCUUGCUGAUUGCUUGCUGUGCUUCAGCCCUCUACUCUGCCAUGGAGGACUGGGACUACUUCGAGUCCUUCUACUUCUGCUUUGUCGCCUUCAGUACCAUUGGGUUCGGAGAUCUGGUGAGCAGCCAAAGGGAGAGCUAUGAAGCUCAGGAGGCCUACCGUCUUGGUAACUGCCUCUUCAUCCUCAUGGGUGUGUGUUGUAUCUAUUCCCUUUUCAAUGUAAUCUCUAUCAUCAUCAAGCAAACCCUUAACUGGAUCCUUGCCAAACUGGACUGCAACAGGGCUAAGUGUCCGUGCCAUGGCCGGCCGUACAGGAGGCGAGGUGAGGCCUGCUGUUGCUGUUUCCCUCGAAUACCAAGCCAGCGCCACAAUCACCACCCUCCACCUGGAAAUUCCCGGCAGAGGGAUAAAAAACGCAAUGCUGUGCACCCUGCCAUGCCUAACGAGGCAGCGGGAAAGCGCUUCACUAAUGCAUCAGUGGAAACAGUUUGUGAUAGUGAGACUGAUCCUGGCUUAGGACCAGAUGGAGGUUAUCUGACAGGGCGCAGACUGUCUGGAGAAAUGAUCUCAGUCAAUGACUUUAUGGCCAACAAGGUUUCUCUGGCUAUUCUACAAAAGCAGCUCUCUGAGACUGCUCAUGGUAAUCCAAGACAGAGCCAUGUUCGCCAGAACGGUUUCUCCGGUGGAGUGGGCGCUUUUGCUAUCAUGAAUAACCGCCUUCAGGAGACAAGUGUUGACAGGUAG